AUGGAAGCAGCUUGCAACGCAGAGAAAUCAAGAGUGGAACCUUUGAGACUGUCCAGGGCAGCACAGCUUCCAGAAAGCACCAGCUGCCUCACAUGCUCAGAAGAUGGCAGGUACCUCGGCCUGGGUCACUCCCAGGGCUUGUCUGUGUGGUGUACAUCUUCUCUGACCCGUGCUGCAGACUGGCUGCAGGACAGACUGGAAAUUACAUCUAUUCAGAUGACCAGUAUGGCAGAGACGGCAUAUCUACUCGGCACUAUUGAUGAUAUGGGUGUUGCCAGAGUCUUUGCUUAUCACUGUGACACCAUCCACCUCCUCAGUGUUGUUAACAUCAUGGACGACAUCAACAGAAGAAGCGUUUGCUUGACCUUUGAACUGUCUCACGGGGGACAUUACGGAGCAGCAACAAUCAGUUGUAAUGGUGCAGUUUGGCUCGAAGUCCAUCACUUCCCCUCAGAGACCUGGGUGAAGGAGUUAGAGAUGGUGGUAACACAGACACAGGAACACAACUCCUCAGGGGACCGGGGGGUAAAAUGGUCUCCGUUGUCAGUGGCAACUAAAAUCAAGCCACCCAAUAUUACAGCAGGGACAACACUGGAAGGUCCACAUGUGGUGCAGGUGACAGAUUUUUUGAUGUACUUUUCGGCUUUGGAUGUGGAUACCGGGAGUCACCAGGAGAAGGAACAGUCUUUCGAUACGAAUGCAGAAAAACGAAAACAAUCAAAUGAAAGCACAAGAUAUUGCACCCAGCACUUUCUUCUUCCUUGUGCGCAGUUUCCUGGUGACCGCACAGCAAAGCCUCAGCGAGGGUUGCCUGUUGCUGUCUGUGUGUGGUGGAUUGGUAGUCGCAAUCUUCUUCAGUAUUUGAUCAAAAAGGCACCAAAGAACGAACCAGACGUUGAACCUAUACCAGAUAUGUUGUGGCCAAAUGCAAAGAAAAUCCUCUGCUCUGCUGUGAGUACAUGCACCCGCUACAUCGCUCUUGGACUCGACAAUGCUCUGCUGUCUGUCUGGGACAGGCAAUCUGGGUCUCAGCUGUCUGUUGUUUCGAUGUCCGCACCAGACUGUGCCAUCUCCAGGAUCCAGUUUGCUGAUCACUGGCAUGUGUCCACUGAUGAAGUCCAUCUCUUGCUGGUGUGUAAGAGUGGAGCAAUUCACAGAGUCACCACAGGACGAGGGACAAAGUGCUGCACAGAGCUGCUCACUGAAAGGCCGAAAGACAGUGGGGGCCUCCCAAGUAGCAGCGCGUCAGUGCCUUUCCUGCAGAGCACGUUCCUUGUGGUGCAAAGAAAUGGAAAAGUUUUCCUCCAAGAUGUCAUCAACAAAACCACAGUGCGCUGCUUGAUUCCCCCUGAAACUCAUCUGAUUGCUACUCCCUGCAGUCCUGUUUAUGCUUUGAACACUAAACGGCAAACUCUGUUCAUACGAGGUGAUCAGGACUCCAGCUACAGCGCGACCCCAGAAGACAAAGAUGGCCAGAGUCAUCUUCUCGUCUUCCAUUUUGGAGAGUCUGAUAUUCUCAAGCAGUUUAUUUUUUCCCCUCCAGACUCUCCACAGCGGGAAGAAACACAGAGCUUUGUCUCUCUAGAAGAAGCCUGCAACCUCUACCUUCAGCAAAGGGCACUUUCUGUGGAUGAGAGGAAAAAAGCUCUUGCACAAACAUGGAAGCAACUACAAGAGGCUGCAGCAGAGACACAGCAGAGCUGCAGCUAAAUGAAACACUGCAACACAUGGUACAGUUAUAGUCAAUAUAGAAAAUACAUAGAGGCAAUUUGAGGCAGUGAUUUCGAAUGUGUCUGAAAUGGAAAUUUCUCUUUAAAAAUGUCAAAUGUAUGUUGCUGGAGGCCACUUCUAAUCAGCUUUUAAAAGGGUGACUCGUCCUUUGCCUUUGGGGUCCAUGAAUGUUUCAUAUUUCAUGUUUUAAUGUCAAAAAGAAAAUACCAGCUUAGACAGGCUGCGGAGAUGUAACAGGUUUAGCUUGGCUUUGGCCAGUCAGCAGCAAAGAGACACACAUGUUCACCUGCUUCUAAACAUUCACAUGCUACUUAUACAGCUUAUAGUUUAAUAAAUAGACAUUUUUCAGCCUACUGAAAACAUAAAUAAAAAUAUAUCACUCAAUGAACAAUGUAAUGCCUACCACCUUAGAAUCAUGGCCAGAAACUGUGCUUUUCAGGUUUAUGUGACCAUGGGAAAGAGUUGUGAGCAGUAGUGAUCUCAGAGACCUCUCUGUUUAUGUGUGACACACUGAGAUAAACAAGAGCACAAUCAACUACUAAAUCAUGUCCAUGUUUAUUGGGUCACAGAGUAACAGCAAUCUGAAUAAAAAAUGUAUUAAAUAAAUGUAGUGAAGAUUCUAACCUGUCAUCAGCAUAUUGUUCAUCUCCAACCAAUCAGCAAUGCACAGCUGUUU